UUCUCAUGAGUCCACAGCCUCAAAAUGAUUCCUCUGGAAGCAGCUGUAGAUAUCCUCCUCUCCUUGAAGCAUCAUAGCAUUGAAAUCUGUAUGCAGAGAUCCUGCGACGUACAACGUUGAGAUGCAAUGUCGGGCAUCGAAAUCCUUGGGAUUGCCGCCAGUGUAAUCCAGAUUGCCGAGCUCGGCGCUCGCCUCUCGGUCAAGCUAUUCGUGUUCUCACGAAAAAUCAAAAGCGCGGACAAGUCUAUUGACAGCAUCUCUCAAGACAUCGCAGCAACUGGUGCCGUUCUGCAACAGCUUGGCAGCGAGCUCUCCAAAGACGAGAACGCUGAGUUGUGCUCGAAUGAAGCGUUGGCCACCACCAGAAACUUGGUUGACAGUUGCAUGAGCGUAUUCAAAGAUCUCGAAUCUUCGCUUGAUGGUCGAUUUUCCAGCUCCAACUCUGUAGUGGCAGGAUGGAAGCAAAGACUGAAGUUUCCGUUCUUGGAGGCACAGAUCGAAGUGCUGCGCUCGAAUUUGGAAAGACUGAAAAGCUCAUUGCUGGUUAUGCUCAACGUGCUCAUAUUCGCAGCACAAGUACGAAGUCAUCGAGAUAUCGACGUCCUCAAAGAUCACAGAUCGCUGGUCGAGACCUUGAUUGAAGAGAAGAAUGCUUCCGAGAAGAGGUAUCAACAAGCUCAAAAACACAUCACUUGGAUUUCUGCUCCUUCAUCACAGGAGGAGACGAAGGCAGAGGCUCCGAUGGACCGUCCAAGUGAGGGUGGAUCGAGAGAGUGGGAAUCCGCUUCCAUCUUUACGGUGAAUACAAUCGCCCUUCCGAACCACGAACCGGCGAUGACGACCAGCCAAACGAUGCCUCCAUUUUCCAAAACGUCCUCUUUGCCUGCAGGAUUGAAAUACCGCAUGGAAGAGGUUCAGCACCAUGGGGUGGCGGUCCGGAGUCUGCUUGCGGAAGUGGACGCUUUCAAUCGUCAAAUAAGUCAUGAGUUUCGCGACAAGCUACAGAAUGGAAUCCUGGCAGCGCACUGGGAACAGUGGGCGCCUUUCCGACAAGUAUAUGGCGACCAAGCGCUGUUAGAUGCAAUCUCUGAAUACCCAGAAGUGAUUCGCUAUUGGGUGUCUAGGCUAGAAAGAGAGACUGCCAAUCUGGGGACGGACAGCCGUGUGGUUAUGCCCAACAAAAGGAUUGGGAACAGUGCUCAAAAGCCAGAUCAAGCGAAUUCCUUAGUCUCUCAGAGGCAGCAUUCUCAUCUUGGAGCUGGUCAGAGCGGGAACCAUGUGCUCCAAGACUACCAAAUGCAGUUGUGGGCGCUUGAGAAGCAGAACAAGGAGAGGCUGAUGAUGACGAGACAAGAACAAGACAACGCUAUCGACCGAAAUCGCGCAGGUCCUGCUCACGAUCCCUCGGCCCUGGGACACCCUCCCAGUCAUUCCGAGACUGAGGGACAUGCUACGCCCUUUAUUGAGAGCAAAAACAAAGCCGAACCAAAAGCAGAGAAAUUCGAUCUCAACUCCAGCACUUUAGAGAACAGCGACGUGCUGGACCACUUUGACUUUGACAGUUUCCUGAACACGACGGACCACGACACCAUCGAUUUCGACGGUGCCAUUGGUGUAGGUGGAGAUAUUGGGCUAGAUCCCGGCGACUGGUUUAUUGGUCACGAGCAAGGACUGCCCCCCGUUAUCGAGCCUGGUCAAUCUAUGAAGGACCAAACACGAGCGGUAGACAGUACAUUCGAGCCAAGAGAAGAGUCUGUGGUCAUGGGUACGAUCAUUUGCCGUCUCCUCAGCAGCAUUCUCCUGCCGGGAAGCCCCCGGGGUUCAAAAUCUGCUGUGCUGACGAUUGACAGCUCUCAAUAAGCAACAGAAGACGUCUCUCGCAGAUUUCAUGCAAGACAAAGAAGAUCCAUGGACAAGUGGUCACUACCUCAGCCACGUCGACGAUGGGGAGCCAGUCGAUUCUUCCAACAUAAUCGGUACUGAAAGCAUCGAACACGAUUCCUUGUAUGCUGAGGCUGGGGGACUGGACAGCAUUGACCUGUCGAUGUGCUCGAGCCGAUAUGAAGUGUCAUUCCUGAAAACAACCGACAGCGUCACAGCUUCGCAAUUAAUCAAUGGCAUUGGGGCUGCAUCAGCGAACCAGUUUCUUCCGCUGACGGCACCAGCAGAUCGCCGCCAUACAAGGACGACACAGACGCGUCAACCGGAUCUCAGCACGCCACGUAUAGAUGCGUCGGAAGUAGUAGGACAUCCCUCCAAUUUUGAUGAUUACAUUGCACGCUGGACCAGGCUUUCUGACAACGAGAAUGCCGAUACGGCGAUUUGACUAUGCACGCCCAGCUGGUGAUGCUUUGAAUCUCGAAACGAAUGAUAUGUCUUCAAACGAUCUUGCUGUCUCGCUUUAGGCAAAUGCGAUACCUUUCGAAGAUGACUUAGCAUGGCAGUACCCAAAUCUUGGCUAGGAAGAAUCAUACCUCCAUCUGUGAGCACAGACUGGCCCGUAAUGUUUCUCGCUUUCGGACUCACAAGGAAGCUGACAAGAUUUGCGAUAUCCUCGGGUUCCUGAACAUGUGAGAACCCCCCGAAAACUUGGAGCAAGGCAAUAUAAGCGUACCGAAUGUCGUUUCAGGGCAGUUCGGGUAUUCACCGAGUUAUUGAAUGCUUCCUCAGGUGUUACUCCAGUAUGCUCAGAGACACUCUGCGCGAUCUUGUCCCACAUCUGCCAGCAUGUCAGGAUCAAUGUCACGGCCAGGGAGUCUUGCU